CGUGACAAACUCUAGUUUUGUUCUUCACUGAUUGGCUUUUUCUUGCGAGGUCCGCACUCCACAUAGAAUCUCAUCUACGGAGAAUUUUCUCUCCCGUUUCUCACGCGUCGGGAAAGUAUUUUCGGUUCCGUUUUUUUUUUUUUUAUCUUUUGGAUUUUUAGAAGACGAGGAGAUUUUCGAAUCGGAGCAGGGGGGAAAUGUCCGAGUACAAGGAUGCGUUGUUGGGGAAGACGAAGUACCACGAUGAAUGUCCUGGUUGUAAGGUUGAACAGAUGAAGGAGCGCCGGCGAGGAUUUCCUUUCCGGGAACUUGUCUUCGUUUGGAUCAUCGUCCUCUCCACUUCUCUUCCAAUUUCGUCUCUGUAUCCUUUCCUCUAUUAUAUGAUUGAUGAUUUUGGUAUUGCAAAGACGGAAAAAGAUAUUGGCUUUUAUGCCGGAUUUGUGGGUAGCGCAUUCAUGCUUGGCAGAGGAAUGACAUCUGUGUUCUGGGGCAUUGUUGCGGAUCGCUAUGGAAGAAAACCGAUUAUUCUCUUAGGAACCAUCUCAAUUGCUAUUCUCAACACUCUCUUUGGCCUUAGCUUAAAUUUUUGGAUGGCAGUUGCCACGAGGUUUUUUCUCGGUGCUUUCAACUGUUUGCUUGGGACAAUGAAGGCAUAUGCAACGGAGAUAUUUCGUGAUGAAUACCAGGCUAUGGCAAUGUCAGCUGUUAGUACAGCAUGGGGCAUCGGAUUGAUCAUUGGACCUGCUCUGGGAGGUUUUCUUGCACAGCCAGCAGACAAAUAUCCAAAUAUAUUCUCCAAAGAAUCCAUAUUCGGCAGAUUCCCAUAUGCCUUGCCCUGCUUCACUAUAUCAGCUUUCGCAUUGUUGGUGACUGUAUGGUGCUGCUUCAUUCCGGAAACAUUGCACAAUCACAAGCAGGAUACUGCAUAUGAUUACUCGUAUGAAGCUUUAGAAGCUAGCGAAAACACAGUGAAAGACGAAGGAAACAAGGAUUCUAACGUUUCUCUCUUGAAGAAUUGGCCCCUGAUGUCAUCUAUCAUUGUGUAUUGUGUUUUAUGUCUUCAUGAUACUGCAUACUCAGAGAUCUUUGCAUUGUGGGCUAACAGCCCGCGGAAGUAUGGAGGUUUGAGCUUCUCAACUAAUGAUGUUGGCGCUGUUCUUGCUAUCUCAGGCAUUGGCCUCUUUUUCUUUCAGGUCACUAUAUAUCCUUUCGCCGAGAGGCUGCUAGGCCCCAUACUGGUCACCCGUUUUUCGGGGGUGCUGAUGAUACCUCUUCAAACGUGUUACCCAUUUAUUGCCACAUUGACCGGUCUUAGCCUAAGCUUGGUGCUAAAUUGUGCAUCCAUUCUCCUGAAUGUCUUAAGCGUAUCCGCAAUAACUGGCUUGUUGAUUCUGCAAAAUAAAGCUGUGGAUCAGCGCCAAAGAGGGGCGGCUAAUGGCAUAGCCAUGACCGCGAUGUCUCUCUUUAAGGCCAUGGGUCCAGCCGCAGCCGGUGCCCUAUUUUCUUGGAGCGAGAGGCGACUAGACGCUGCAUUUCUCCCAGGUGCGCAUACGGUGUUCUUCGUCCUGAACGUGAUAGUAGUGGUUGGUGUAGCUCUGACGUUCAGGCCAUUUCUAACUACUCGGAGAUGACCGAUCACGUUGGAUGUGAAUUGCUCCAGAGUUCCUUCGACUUACGGAUACAAAUUUAAGAAGACGGUAGUUGUUUGGAUGAUUGGUUACCGGAGAUUGCUAAUGAAACCCAGCUAACUUUAGGCUUUCAAUUUCAUUUGUCUUUUUUUUUAAUAAAGGAAAUAAAUAUAUUUUGCUAAUAAAUUGAUAUUUGAAUAGCAUUGUUGUUG